CUCCAUCAUCCUUCCAUACUGCGCUUCAGCUCCCCCCCGAUUUGCCGUCUGGGCAGCCCUCGAUUUCUUCUGUCCUUCCGUGACCCUCGAUUUCUCUCCCGCCAGUUCCAUCAACCCCUGAAACCAUGUAUCGCCAGUCCUUCGCUCCGCCCCCAGCGCAAUCCCCUCCGCUUCACCAUCCGGUGCCUCAGCAUGUUUCGACCGUCCCUAUGAUGCGCUCGCCGCCCCCUCCGGCACCUCAACAGUCCCAGGCUGGCUAUGGCAACCCGUACCAGCCCGCCCCGGCACAGGGUGGCAGCGGGACGUACGCUCCUGGCUUUGGUGGGUUCAUCAAUGAUCCUACCGCGCAGAUGGGAUUCCAAGUCGGCAAGACCGCGAUGGCGGCUGGACAGGAAUACAUGGAGUCGAACUUCAAUCGCUAUGUCUCCAUCCCGGCCCUUAAGCACUACUUCAACGUCUCCAACUCCUACGUCCUGAAUAAGCUGGCUCUCGUCCUGUUCCCUUGGCGACACAAGCCCUGGUCUCGUCAGCAGGCACGCCUCGCGACGGCUGCAACUGGUCCCAAUGGCCAGAUAUCCCAGCAGCAGUACUCGUCGAUGUUCCUCCCUCCGCGUGAUGAUCUCAACUCCCCGGACAUGUACAUCCCCGUCAUGGCCCUGGUCACAUACAUCCUCUUCUCGACGAUGCUCGCCGGGUUCCGUGGCAACUUCCACCCAGAGCUUCUUGGUUCGAUCACGACCACGGCCAUUGCCGUCAUUCUCUUCGAGAUCCUCUGUCUGAAGCUGGCCAUGUACAUCCUCAGCAUCAACAACGAGUCGCAGCUGUUGGACCUGGUGGCUUAUUCCGGAUACAAGUUCGUCGGGAUCAUUGUCACCUUGCUGGCAUCUGAGGUCUUGAGCCCGGGGAGAGGAACUGGCGGCUGGGUUGGAUGGGUUGUGUUCAUUUACACCUUCCUGGCUAAUGCCUUCUUCCUGCUCCGCUCCUUGAAAUACGUGCUGCUUCCGGACUCGACCAGCGAUUCGUCCAUGCGCACUGGAUCUAUGCACACGGUGGCUCGGUCCCAGCGCAACCGUCGCACCCAGUUUCUGUUCGUUUACGCGUAUGUUGUCCAGUUCGUUUUCAUGUGGGUGCUAAGCCGCGAGGGCCCGACGUCGAUGGUUGCCGCCGCCAAGGGCAGUGGUUCUUCAUAGCGUCAUAAUGAGACGGGGCUGCACAUAAUGAAAUAGAAGGUCAUGAAAAGGGAUAUGGGAACAGGUUAUAGUCUUGUACUCUGUGCAAGCUCGCAAAAUUCGAUCCAGAUAUUGUCACAUUGUUUUCGAAGUAGCCGCUUUCCCUCUCAUCUUGCCGAUGUCUACUCCGUAGUGGCAGCCAGACCGAGAACGUGCGGGAUAGGUUCGCCGGGCAGGAGUGGGGUUACUUACCCACAGCAGGCAGACGUCAAGGUACUACUCCAAUAGUCUACAGUUCUCAGUAGAGAACGAUUAUUGAUAUGCAAAAUUAUUGGAAAUUUACAGUAGGACGAGUUUAUUGAGCAAC